AUGCAUUUUGAAUUUUUCUUUCUUGAAUAUAUUUUCAUACGUUAUGCAUAUACAAAUCUAUCUAUCUAUCUAUCUAUCUAUCUAUCUAUCUAUUUAUCUAUCUAUCUAUCUAUCUAUCUAUCUCAGUCUGUUCAUAUCUAUGUAUCUCAUUUCUGUCUUAUUUCUUACUUUAUCUAUCUAUCUAUCUAUCUAUCUAUCUAUCUAAAUCUAUCUAUCUAUCUAUCUCUGUCUGUCUGUCUCUCUCUCUCUAUCUAUCUAUCUAUCUAUCUAUCUAUCUAUCUAUCUAUGAGAGUUUCUGUCUUAUUUCUUACUUUAUCUAUCUAUCUAUCUAUCUAUCUAUCUAUCUAUCUAUCUAUCUAUCUAUCUAAUAUGUUCAGAUCUAUCUAUCUAUCUAUCUCUGUCUGUCUGUCUGUCUCUCUCUCUCUCUCUCUCUCUAUCUAUCUAUCUAUCUAUCUAUCUAUCUAUCUAUCUAUCUAUCUAAGUUUCGAUUCUUCUUCCUUUAAUCUAUCUAUCUAUCUAUCUAUCUAUCUAUCUAUCUAUCUAUCUAUCACAGUUUAUUCUGUCUAUAUCUAUCUAUCCGUUGUAAUGUUUCUUUCUUAUUUCUUUACUUUAUUUAUUUAUCUAUCUAUCUAUCUGUCUGUUACAGUUACUUCCGUCUUUUUUAUCGUUCAUCUGUUUCUGUCUAACGUAAUCGAUCUCAUUCAAUUCUUAUCUAUCUAUCUAUCUAUCUAUCUAUCUAUCUAUCUAUCUAUCUAUCUAUCUAUCUAUCAUCAAUCUAUCUAUCUAUCUAUCUAUCUAUCUAUCUAUCUAUCUAUCUAUCUAUCUAUCUAUCUGUUCAUAUCAAUCUAUUGCUUUCUCUUGAAUAUCUAUCUAUCUAUCUAUCUAUCUAUCUAUCUAUCUAUCUAUCUAUCUGUUGAUGUGUUCAUAUCUCUCUAUUCCUGUCUCUUGAUAUCUAUCUAUCUAUCUAUCUAUCUAUCUAUCUAUCUAUCUAUCUAUCUAUCUAUCUAUCUAUCUGUUGAUGUGUUCAUAUCUCUAUUCCUGUCUCUUGAUAUCUAUCUAUCUAUCUAUCUAUCUAUCUAUCUAUCUAUCUAUCUAUCUAUCUAUCUAUCUAUCUAUCUGUUCAUAUCAAUCUAUUGCUUUCUCUUGAAUAUCUAUCUAUCUAUCUAUCUAUCUAUCUAUCUAUCUAUCUAUCUAUCUAUCUAUCAGUCUGUUGAUGUGUUCAUAUCUCUCUAUUCCUGUUUCUUGAUAUCUAUCUAUCUAUCUGUUCAUAUCAAUCUAUUGCUUUGUCUUGAAUAUCUAUCUAUCUAUCUAUCUAUCUAUCUAUCUAUCUAUCUAUCUAUCUAUAAUGUCUUCAUAAUUUCUAUCUUUUCUCAAUAUAAACGUUUUCAUUUUCUUUCUGCUUUUCUCAUUUUCUCUUUUUUCUUGAACACAUUUUUAUCGUUCUUCUUCUCCCCCUCCUCCCUUUCCUCCCACUCAUUAUUAUUAUAUUCUCUUGAUUCACUUUUCAAUCUUUCUCUUUUCCUUUUUCUUUAUGCCUUUCUCAAUUUAUAUCCUUUCUUGAAGUCAUUUUAUUGA